ACAUGAUUUUGGAGCAUCACAUCAUCAUUUUCUCCAAGCAUCACCAUUCACUUUUUCUUCAAGCUUCAUGGCAUUUUGAUAUUUCCCAUGAAUGCCAAUUUAGUGUUUGCCAUGGUGAAUCAUCAAAAAAAAAAAAAAAAUUCAUGUUUUAGGAUACAAUUUCACACACAUUACCACUUGUCAGCAUAUUUAUAUUCUUGCAUCCUUUUAUCUCUCAUUUCCCAUCCAUGUUUAUUUCUUUUCUUGCAAAUGCAUGUUUUAGGAUACAACUCCACACACAUUAUCACUUUAGAACAUAUUCAUGUUCCUUCAUCCUUCAUCUAUUUUUAGCAUCCAUGUUUAUUUCUUUUCUUGCAUUCCCAUAAUCUUGUUUGAUUCUCUACCUUCAACAAUUGAAAUAUGGAUUCAUACAUCGUCAAGUGCGAUUCUUUGUCAGUCAAGACACCUUUUGAAAUAUUCAUCCGUGGAGAAAGCUUUGACCAACAGAGGGUUGAGGAGAUCUUUAACUGCAAGCAUUUUUCUCCAUCGUGGACAAUUGCCAAGUCCAAGGGGCAAGUUUAGAAGGACAAGAACCAAGAGCAACCUCGAAGAUCAAAAGCUCAAGCACAUCACACUUCAUGUUGCUCCAACACUCAAGGGAUUCGUCAAGGAAAGGAAUGCAACUUCUCAUUAGACAAUUGUAUUUUGAAAGAUCUAGGAGUCAGAUUUUACUAGGGAUUUGAAUGCUACCAUGUUGAUGUACUUAGUGUGAUGUACUAGGCUUUUGCUUUGUAAUGAAUGACCAUCUUUGUAAUGCAUGUUGAAAUACUUGUAAAUGUCUUCUAUGUAGCCCUUGGAGUCUAUGGAAAUCUCAAGGGGUUCAAAGAUAUUUUGCUUCAUCCGAGGCUCCUUAAAGAUUGGAAAUCGACAAUGUGUGAAGCCAUAUAGCAAUUGUUGAAACACUAAAUCAUGCAAAAUUAU